UGCAUUUGACGGUUGCUAACCGAUUACCAUUUCGGCCAUUAACUUGUUAUCAAAUGGCUAGUGUUUGGACCAAGCACAAAUAUGCUGAUAAGCGCGCAGUCCUUUAAAUAUUGUCCCAUUGCGAAAGACCAUCUUAGUUGAAGUUGUUUAAUCGUCGAGAAUGAAAUAUCUUACUGUACUCGUAGUUCUUGUUGUGGCCAUUUCGGCUUCAACAAUUUCAGAACACGAACAACGUAUCAUUGGAGGCUCGAUCGCUACGACUGGUCAAUUUCCGUACGCCGUUGCUUUGAUCACUAGGAUCAACAUAUUACUGUCAAGCCAAUGUUCCGGUUCAUUACUUUCGUCACGAACCAUUCUAACGUCGGCAAGUUGCGUUUCAGGGGUACAAAGUGCGGUUGUCGUGAUGGGGGGACUUCGAAUUGACGAUGCAAACGAACCGGGACAAGUUCGUCAAACUGCAACAAGAUUCAUCAUUCACAACGGUUACAUCGAGGGUACGGAGAAUUUCGAUGUCGCACUGGUUAUUUUAGCAAUUCCAGUGGCCUUCAGUGACACGAUCCGUCCUGUGCGUCUUCCAAAUCGUCGGCAGGUGGAAGCCACUUUCAACGGACAGCAGGGUACCUUCAUGGGUUGGGGACGGUUUGGUGGUUCCGAUAACUCUCCGGUUCUGCGCUUCGGAAGGUCUCAAGUAAUCAGCAACCUAGCCUGUCUUCGAAGCUUACCGACUAACACUAUUCUUAGCGAACAUGUCUGCACGGAAGGAUUUAGUGUAGAAACAGGUCGAGCGUCGCCAUGUCAAGGUGAUAGUGGUGCUCCACUGACUAUUGUCGACGUUGAUGGUACUACCACACAGAUCGGUGUAUUCUCGUUUCAUUCUAUUCUGGGUUGCAACAGUGGGCGUGCCGCUGUUUACACCCGUAUGUCGGCUUAUCUAAAUUGGAUCAAUGAAAACUCUGACGUCGUGAUAAGGGACGAUUUUUAACAACGUUGUGUUAUCGUAUGGUUUUUCCUGCAAUCUUGUUUCGAAUGACGUGAAAUAAAUUGUUGUUUAAGCUGU